AUGGGUUUAAUAAAACAUCAAGGGGGUCCUUGGCCAAGUGGUAUUUGGGGGGCCUUGUUGUGGAAAGGUUUGGGAACCCCUGGCCUAGGCUACCCUUAAAAGCAACUGUUGACUAGCCUGGAUGUCAGCCGAAUUUAGCCCCGCCCACAAUAUUUGAGGUCGGAAAGUUCAAAUUCUGACUAGAAUUGAGUUUGACGACGUCAGGCACUAAAAAUAAUCACCCAGUCUUCAUUCAGGAAUCCCAUCAUCAAAACAAUGGCAUCUAAACAAAUCAGUGACACAAAAAAUACAGAUGUACAGAAUGGUGGAGUGUAAUGACGUUGACAGUAGGAUGCAUUUUUGUGUAUUGUAAGGCCAAUAGCCUGCAUUUGAGCAGUUGGGAUUUUCACAAGGUAGAACUUUUUUAAGAUUGGCAUAAACUGAAGCUGAUAAAAAUGUCUCUUUCUUUUGGCUAGGCCUAAUCGAUGCCAUGUAGAGCUUUCAGGUUAAUUUCCACGGGUCAUGGAAUUUCUGGAAUUUUAGAAAGUCUAUUCCAGACAUGGAAAGUCAAGGAAUUUUAUACAUUUUGGGGUAAAGUCAUAGCUCAUCCGGCUAGCAAAGUCAUGGAAUAUCAGGAAAUUUUAUUGUAGCAGUAAGUUUACUUGGCAAAAUACAUUAAUACAAAUGUGUUUCCAUGCAGACAUGUGUUAUUAGCUUUAUUGCUUGCUUGAGUAUCCCAACUGUGUUCAUUCAAUGCCUAUUUAUUCUUCUAAAAAAGUAAAAGAUUCUUGAACACUGCACGGGUGCUCUUAAAUCAUUGGUCAGUAGUCAAGUCAAGUCAAGUCAACUUUAUUUCUAUAGCACAUUUAAAAACAACUGAGUUGAACCAAUGUGCUUAAAAUUAUAUUGUAUUCAUUAAGUAAGUUAAUUAAAAAAAAAAAAUUGUCAAGGAAAAGUCAUGGAUUUUAGGCCUACAUUUGACUUAGAAUGGGAACCCUGAGCUUUACAUUAGAGCAUUUUGUUUGCUUUGUUGCAUGGACCAAGACCGCAGCCUAGUGCCGUGUGAGUAACAUGGAAGACAAAUCCAAAACUAUUUGCCUAAAACACCUCCCAGUAAGUGGUCCAGCAAGUCCAGCACAGUUUACCCCAGUGGUGUUGUGGUUCCAUAUUACCUCUAGAGGGUAGAAAAGUACAACCUUAACAGCUGUGAGGUCCCAGAUGCAAAGAUGACAAUAUUGGACAAUAUUAACUGUCACAGCUAUAGCCAUCUUUUUGACUAAAUAAUAACAAAACUAACUGAACUUAUUUUGAGAACAUAUGGAAACAUAAAGCAAUGAAAGCAAAAUACUUUCAUCUUUGUUGUGCAAAACAAACAUAUUCAUAUUUUUGUGAUGCAGUGAUUGUAUAAAACUGCCAUCCAUUAACUCUAAAUGAGUUUUACAAUACAACUUUAAAAUGUGAAUCAUAUAAGGCCUUGGGAUUCAGACUUCUGACUAAGACUAUAUUUGCCCAUCCUGUAAAAAGACAAUGAAAACCAAUGAUUUUUUAUCAUGUGUCAUGUCCGCAUGCGCACAGUGUCUGCACAAUUGUUUAUAGUGGGAGGUUUAGACUGUUUCCUCAGGAAAUAGCAUCAUCUGUGGCAGAAUACACAAGACCUGGCAGACCGUCUGGGGAUCUCAGACCAAGGAGGAACAUGAACUAUCCAUACUUAAAUACCGGCAGCAGAUAGCAUUACCCUGAGAAGCUGGACUACAAAGCGCAUCAAGGUUUUAGAGUUUAAGAAAGACCUCCAAGCCAGAAUGCCCUUUCUGAAGAAGCUGCCAGGGCGGUCAAAGGGUUGCCACAACAAAGGGGAGCUAACCAUGCCAAGCUGCAAUCUAAAUCCAUUUGAGGAAGUGGACCAGCAGUGCCAAUACUUUCCAGAGGAAGCUUUGGCGUUAGAGAGGUCCCAGCAACAUUGUUCCUUCGACAGCGAGGCAGAGGAGAAUGGAACCAAUCAAAGAGGUUCUAGGAGCAGUCAGCCUCUCAGGGGAACCUUAGUCAAAUUAUACAGCUCCUCACCUCUGAAGACACUGGGAAAACUGGGAAAGGAGCUGCGUAAUACAGCUCGCAGCAAGUGGGGAAGCAAUGCACCUUCCCAACGCAGCUCAACUCUACCGUCUGAGAAGAGGAGAAAUAGUCGGAGGAGUUCAGAAGAGAUUAUGACCUUACUGCGCUACAGUUUGGCAAGCCUACGCAAAGAGUCCACCUGCCGAGAGAGCCUCUAUGGUGGAGACUAUAAUCUUGAGACAGAUGAUGAUGCCCGCAGACGCCCAUCCUUCCUGCGCAUAGUUAGUCUUGGCAAGCUUCGGAGGGAGUCAAUGGUGGACCGCAUUUCCCAGGAGGCCGAGGAAGAGACGGUGGAGGAGCCACCAGAGGUCAAACCGAAAGAACCUCUCUCCGUCUUAGAGAUCCUGCGGCUUGUCAAUCAAAGGAGUCUACUGCUAGCUGAUACCCACAUUCAGGAGCUUGAGCGUGAGUGUGAACUCGAUCACCAUCCACCCAACAUGGCACCAUCAACCUCACGUAGGUCCAGUGCAAUGUCCACAGGAAACCCUCCUGAGACAAUGCCCACCUCCUGUGUCUGGGAUGCGGGCCGGCGCAAGGCUAAAGACGUGGAGCUUCUUUACGAGGCCCUGCUGCAGGAGAUGUGGGACGUGGUGCGGGAGUCGCUCCGGCAGCCCUGCGCUGGCCCGCAGCUGGGCCUGGUGGUGCUGGUCAUCCAGCAAGAGGAGGCGGCCGACUCCGCCCGGGCCCAGCGGGAAAAGACCCGAUCUCUUCCCAGCAACAACGAUGAGGGCAUCCACGAGGGGCUGUUGAUGUACCCCACCCCCAGUGACUCCCCCCAACCCUCCUGCCGGCCUCGCAGUCUCAUGAAACGCUGGGAGGAGGCUGUGGGAGAGGCUGCAGACUGGUCGCUGCCACAGCCAGGGGGCAUCUCAGCCGGCCAGUUGGCCUCGUUCCUGGAGCGCCUGAGUGGACGUGUGCUGGAGGACCUGGACGCAGCGUGUCGGAAUGUGGUGGCCAUUUACCCAGAGGACUUCAGGGCUUUUCAAGUGUAUGUGCACAGCUACCACAGGGCUGUGGCUCAACGCCUCAAGACAGUUACAAGUGGCCCACUCCAGAUAACGGACACGUAUGCACUGCUGGACUGGAUCUACAAUAUCUACAGCAGGGAUGUUCUCGGACCAGUUAGCAAUAUGGCAACCCUUGACUGUACCCAGCUGGAGCCACUAUUACCACCAAAGUGUAUUGACAGACUGGAACAGGACUGCAUCAAUACUGUUAAGGACAAUGUAAGCAUAGAACUCUCACAAGUACUAGAAGAUGAGGAGAGGAGAUGGGCCCAAUCCAUGCACAUUGAAGAGUACCAGUCCAACCUCGCACGUUCUGUUAUACAGCGAUUGAAAGUAGACAUCGACAGAUCAACAGCUAUUAAUGAACAGCUUGGAGCUCGAGUAGCUCGCUGCACUCUUAGUGGCCUGGCAGACUUCCUGCAGAGUUUUAAAAGAAAGGUUGAGCUGUUCCAUGAGACACAGGCUGAUUUUGGGGACAAAGGGGAUGGUUAUAUCUCCAAGACAAUCGCUCUUGUCAAUUGCAUACCUCCCUUCAGGAACUUUGUGGAGCGUUGCCGGCAGUGUGAUUCCCUGGGGAGUACAGACUCUUUGGAACAUGCUCACUCCUCUCUUGAGACCAUUGUCAACCAGUCAACCAAAGUUCUUACCGACAAACUGUUCGAUAACAUCAGGCCCUUCUUUGACAAGCUGGUAAAGCGAAAAUGGCUGAAUAACACUGAGGCAUAUGAAAACAUUGAGAUUACCAUCAAACAACACUUUAAGAAGUUCCGUAGAAUGGACUGUCCUCCAUAUCAAGUCCUAGUGAAUGAGGUACAUAGGCGUGUCUUGAUUGAGUAUGUCCGUGCAAUCAUGAGAGGCCGCAUAAUCUGCACAUCGCUCAAAAUGAGGAAAAGGGUGGCUUACAGACUUCAGGACGAGGCCAAGCAAAUAAAAGCACUUUUCAAAGACCUGGAAUCUGAUUGCUCAUGGCUUGACAGUGUCAUUGCACAUUUGGCGGAUAUUAUUCUUCUUGAGGACAUUCCGUCAAUACAAAUGGAAGUUGGAGUACUGGUGAAGGAGUUUCCAGAUAUACGGAGGAGGCACAUCUCGACCGUACUAAACAUGAGGGGGAUGAUGCAACAGACGCAGCGGCAGGUGAUCCUGGGAAUAGUUUGCGACCUGGAGAACAGCGAGAGCCCGAUGCAUGUGCCUCGGGACCACGCCCUUUUCUCUGAGAUCCCGGUGACCAGCGAGGUGUCCUGUCUCGGACUGGUGGUGAUUCGCAUGGCACUGACUGUAUCUUCAUGGGUGUCAACGAUGUGGCCCCACCAUAGACACAGAUAUCGUCAUCGACGUGGUCACACAUAAGCAUCCCUUUAGCUGCCUAUUAUGGUGCAGUAUUUUUUGUGGGAGUUCUAUUGAGGAGAUAAUAUGGUUAUCUCAGUAUUACAUAGGAUGAUAGAUGCAAUGUGUUUGUAAAACAAGCCAAAUAAUUGUACAAAAGCUGAAGACUAAGGGCUAAGUUAAAAAUGAAGAUGAAAUAUAUUUCUUUAUAGUUCUUCUAAGUCAAAAGUGAUUACAUAGUCUUCCUGUCAUAAACCUAUAUUUGCACACAUGCAUACUUUGCAAUACUGUAUAUUUAUGUUAUAUUACUUUGGGUUAGUAAAGUAUUUCCUUUUUUUUCAUACGAUGGGCAUUGUCUGUUUUACAAUUCAAAGAAUGAUGAACUGCUGGGGCAAAUUCAAGUUAAGGUUGCAAGUUCAGUUAAUGACAAUUCCAUCAGUUUUGUAAUUUAUGUUUCAAUUUGUAAGUAAAAAAAUAAAAAAUAAUGUUUUGGAAA